GGGUGAAUGUUGGCUGCCUGCCGCUGCGGGGGUCGGGGAAAGAGGCUUAGACGGCUGCUGUUGCUUUGAACAUCGAACUCUACCAUGGCUGAUAACAAGCAUAAAACCGACAAUGCGUCCCGCAGCGUGCUAAGCUGGGAUCAAGUCAGUCGCCUGCACGCAAUCCUGUCGGAGGUGGUACCAAUCCACGGACGAGGCAAUUUCCCGACUCUGAAAGUAACCUUGAAGGACAUUGUCCAGACCGUUCGCAGCAGGUUGGAAGAAGCCAAAAUUCAGGUGCACGACGUCCGUCUGAAUGGUUCUGCAGCUGGUCAGGUCUUGGUCAAAGAUAACGGACUGGGCUGUAAGGAUCUGGAUCUUGUCUUUCAAGUGACCCUCGCGAGCGAGGCAGAGUUCCAGUUAGUCCGAGAUGUGGUUCUCCAGUCCCUUUUGAACUUCUUGCCUGAAGGGGUGAGCAAACUAAAAAUUACCCCCAUGACGCUGAAGGAAGCCUAUAUUCAAAAGCUGGUGAAGGUCUACACUGAAGUGGACCGGUGGAGCUUAAUCUCUCUCUCCAACAAUCACGGUAGGAAUGUGGAGCUGAAAUUUGUGGACCGUAUAAGGCGGCAAUUUGAGUUCAGUGUGGAUUCUUUCCAAAUAAUACUCGAUUCGCUGCUUUUGUACUACAGUUGCUCAGAAAACCCUAUGUCUGAGCAUUUCCAUCCAACUGUGAUUGGAGAGAGUAUGUACGGUGACUUUGGGGCAGCUCUCGAUCAUCUUCAGAACAGACUGAUCGCUACUAAGAACCCCGAGGAGAUCAGAGGUGGCGGCCUUCUCAAGUAUAGCAACCUCCUUGUGAGGAAUUUCAAACCCUUGAACAGAGAGGAGAUCAAGAGUCUGGAGCGCUACAUGUGUUCCCGGUUCUUCAUAGACUUCCCAGAUAUUCUGGAGCAACAACGUAAACUGGAGCAAUACCUCCAGAACCACUUUGCCAUCGAAGACCAAAGCAAAUACGACUACCUCACGAUCUUGCGCAGAGUGGUCAACGAGAGCACGGUGUGCCUCAUGGGACACGAGCGAAGGCAGACGCUGAACCUGAUCUCCCUCAUGGCGUUCAGAGUUCUGGUAGAACAAAACGUCAUCCCUAACGCCACGAAUGUCACUUGCUACUACCAACCCGCUCCAUAUGUCAGCGAUGCAAACUUCAGCAGCUACUAUAUUCCAGAUCCCUGUGGCCAGUUGUAUCCCACUUGGUUGCCUUGUAACUGACUCGUACUUCCUGUAAUGCCUUCUAGAUCUUUCCUCUACAGAAGAAUACCUCCAGGGCUGCAAUUUGAAGAGUUCUUGGAUAAGCCACACUGUAGCCUCUUUUUUAUUUGCUAGAAAGGAUUGUAUGAUUUAUAGCCAGAGAAAUAUUGUGUCCUCUGUACUUUAUUUUGUUCUUAAAUUCUUAAAACUGAAUGUUGAACGAUAGUGUUGGACAAGAAAAUUUGCUUGGUUGUUUCUCUGGCUCCUGAAGUUCACCAGCAACCUUAUGUCAUGGUGUAUUGGCUGGUGUGACCAUGGAACGACCGUCCUGUAUGUGUCUAAUCUCCAAUUCCACUAAAAUCACUGGGAUUUAUGUGCUAGACAGUGUGCAGGAUUGUAGCAGAGGGCAUUAUUAUUAUUUUUUCUCCCCCUGAGAAGUCAGUUUUCUUCAAGUUGUGGCCACAAACAGAAAAGUGGAGAAGGAUCUAUGUUAAAGAAUGCUGACAAUUCUACAGCAGGGAUGGCCAAAGGUAGCUCUCCAGAUGUUUUUGCCUACAACUCCCAUCAACCCCAGCCAUCAGCCAUGCUGACUGGGGCUGAUGGGAGUUGUAGGCAAAAAACAUCUGGAGAGCUACCGUUGGCCACCCCUGUUCUACAGUAUUUUUUGGUUGGGAAAGGAAGGCACUUAAAGUUACACAGUUUGGAAACUUCAGCUUGUUAAAUGAAACCCCUUUAAAAGUUUAGGUACUCAUAAAUAUGACCACACAUACCUCUUUCUCUUUAUAUUUUUUUAUAUAAGUUUUUUUCCCCUAGCAGGUCAGUGCAAUGUUGAAUAUUACAGCAAAUCAAACUUCCCUUGCUGGAAUUUUGUUGAAAGGUUUUAAAGAUCUGUCUUAGCAAGAAAAUAAAAAGACCAGGCAAUGAUGUUGCAUCUUUAUCUGUCCAUAAAUGUAGCCUGCAUUUGCAUUGUGGCUGUGUGUGGAGAGAAGGGAGAGUUAACCCUUCAGUUUUCUCUUCGCUCCCCUAAUGGAAGCCUGGGUUAUCUGUUAUGCUAUUAGUCUUUUAAAGGGGACACUUCUCCCUUUAAAACACUAAUAAUGCAAGUUCUGCAGAUGUAUGGAGUUGUGUGGUCUUUUUCCUAGUCAGUUACUGAAGCUUGUCUUGAAGCUCAACCAGUAUCGAUAUGAUGGAACCAGAUGGACCUUCUAUUGACAAAUGUCUUACUUAUGUACCACUUUGCUGUUCAUUGUUAUUCUCUAUGAAUGUCUGCAGUAAUAUUAGGGGUGGGCACAGCAGCAGUGACCUGUGACUUCAGCCUUGGAGAAUUUGAGAACUGAAACUGCCUAUAGAAUUAGUUUCCUAACUGGUGUUUCAGAGGCGGCAUCUUGGAAGGUUGAGAGGUUCAGUUAUGAAUAAUUCAAAAGAUCAGCUGGGUGUUGCUGGAGGUCUCUCAAGUUCAAAGACCAGAAGGAGUCUUCAUAACAUAUGUUUUGGCAUGACUCAAGGUAGAAACGGGCUUAUUGUGGUGGUUCUACAAUUUCCCUCAAGAACUGUGUUAUGAGGGAAAAAGAUGUGUGGUGAGAUCAGUUUUGGGUCUGAUCUUGUCUUUUUGGGUUAUGUCCUAAUCAGCGGUACUACUGAUAACAGAAUAUUUCAGGUUUAAAUGGACAAAAAUUAUUCUGUCAGACCGGGUUUUAUGUUCAUAUAAGCUUAGAGUCCAAACAGUGGCUUCCAGCAGAAGUCUUUACUGUCUCUGCUAUACUAUCUUAACAAAAACGUGUGUUUGUAUGGGUGGGGUUCAAGGAUCAGCUUUCUCUGCAGCUUUCGAUGUACCUCUUACUAUUGCAGAUAAUCAUUAUUUAAGUCAGAGCGGUUUCAGGUUUUGUGUACGGAAACAUCUUACACUCAACUGUGUCCCAGAAAAGGGAGUGAGCUCAACUGUUAAGGGUUUGACCAUGGCAGGAUAUUAUUUGUGAGCCGUUUUUGAAUCAUGAUGUUGGGAGUCGUACAGAAUUCAUGGCAAUCUCUGAAACUUUUUCUGACUAAAUUAUUCAGACCAGAAGGGCUUACGUUCCUUCCUCACAGGGCUGUCUUUCUGUGCUCCAAGAGCUUUUAUCUGUAAAAAUGCAGACAGCUUUGGGUGUUCUGAAGCAGCCGAUUUGUCUCGGAUAAUUUGCAAGCUGAAUCGCAUGGAUAAGUGAAAGAGGGCAGGCUGAAUGUGGACUGCCAGCCAGUUCCAGCAGCUCUGCUCGGAGAGGCUAGAUAACUGUGUUUUUUUGGUCCAUGCCUGAAUGAUCCUGAAAAUGGAAAAUGUAAUGCUGUUUCUUAUAAAAGAAAACAAUCCAGAGAGCAAGAGAUAUUCUUCACCUUAAGAUAAAGAUUGCAGAACACGUGGACUGGAUUGUGAGGAAUUAGUAAUUUCAGGAAUGGAGAGGGCAUAAACAUGGGAACUGAAUAAGGAAGGGGUUUUUUUUUGGUUUGGUAUUGAAUUUAAAAGGUCGAAGUGGAUGUGAAACAUGUACACUUUUUUCCUGGCAAAUCUGUGACCUUUUUUUGUGUUAAACAAUAAAUGUAAAUUUAAUUGCCAGUUUAAGAGUCCGGUCUCUCUUUGGAGAACUACCAGAGUGUAUCGUAUUUUGGUUUUCAGAAAGUAAAAUAAAGGUUGUCAACUUGAAA